AUGUCUUCUCUCAAGCCUUUGAAGCUCUACGGGGCCAUCUUCCCCGCCAAUCCUCUCAAGGUUGCCCUUAUCCUCGAAGAGCUCGGAAUCCCCUAUGAAACCGAGAAGAUUCCAAGAGAAGAGAUAAAACAAGCACCAUACACCAAAAUUAACCCAAAUGGCCGGACUCCCGCCCUUUACGACCCGAACACCGACCUCACGAUUUGGGAAUCGGGCGCAAUCGUUAUCUACCUCAUCGACAAGUAUGACAAAGAUCAUAAACUCAGCUUCCCGCACGAUACGAACGAAUACCACCUUGCAAACCAGUGGCUUCACUUCCAGAUGUCCGGACAGGGACCAUAUUACGGCCAAUACUUCUGGUUCGUUGGAUCUCACCCGGAGAAAGUUCCAAGCGCAAUUGACCGAUACUACAAUGAGAUCAACCGCGUGGUAACGGUCUUGGAGAAGUGGCUUGCGGGCGGCGAAGACGGUGGUGACGGCAAGGGCCCAAGGAACUAUCUAGUGGGCGAUAAAUGCACCUUUGCGGACCUGGCGUUUCUCCCCUGGCAGAUGUUCCUGCCUAUGAUUGUUUGGAAGGGUAAACUCGACCCUGAGGUGGAAUUCCCGCAUGUGACGGCCUGGACUAAGAGGCUAGAGACUCGUCCUAGCCUUGCACGCCUGAUUAAGGAGUACUAUGCCGAGGCUGAAGCAGCAAUGACGUAUUAUGAGGCAAAAGUGAAGGCUGCGGAGGAAAACAAGCAGUAG